AUGGUCGCAGCGGACUUUGUCGCGCCGGCAUGGCUCGCACGAGGCCGGUUUGCCAUUGCGGCGCCGGGAGCUGGCUGGUCAGUUGAGGAGUAUCCUGUCGAAGGACGCCGAUCAAGAACGAACCUCAUGGGUAAAUCAAUUGACAUCCAGGGGAGGUUUGAGUCACUUGGGAAUCUGCGCAACAGAUACCCAAAGAUUCGUCGCGUUGCAGUGAAAUGGGUCAAGUUGCGUUCGGAGUUGGUCACUCCGACCACGCACGGCCAAUGCCGAAAAACUCCGAGUCUCGGCGGGGAUCCACCGUAA